CUGUGUUGACAUCCACUGCCGUAAAAUUAAAUAAAUCAAAAAAGGAAGCCCAAAAUACGUGCAAAACGUGCAAAAUACCGUGAUACCAAAGACUACAAUAUUAUACUACCACUGCAAACAAAGGAGCAAUUUUGUUUUUUAAAAUAUGUAAAAUAUCAAAUCAAAAUAGCAAAAAUGCUGUAAAACGGAUAUUACUAGAAAGGCAAGACAGUGUCUCGUCCAAGUACCUAUUCAGCAUGUCACGUUUAAUAUUUUCCCUUGUCUGUUUACUAUUUCUCCAUAGGGCGGUACACGCUUCUGAUGAAGCCAAGGGUGAUAAGAACGUAGUCGUUGACUGUAGUACAUUGAGAUUGGGACAGUAUAUUUGUCCGGAUCCUAACAAAAACCAAAUAGAUCCUGAUACACAACAGUUUGUUGGAUGUGCAAAAGGCAAAUCUGUUCCGUCGGAAGGUGAAGCUGAUGUGCUAUGCUUAGCUGCUGAUGGAAUUAUAUGCAAUCAAACCAAUAAUUCAACAUUUUGGAGAAAAAUGCCUUGUAAAUGGACGAAUGGUUAUUCAUUAGAAAUUGCAUUAUUGCUAUCAGUGUUCCUGGGAAUGUUUGGCUUAGAUAGAUUUUACCUGGGAUAUCCUGGCAUUGGCUUGGCUAAGUUGUGCACACUGGGAUUCAUGUUUCUAGGUCAACUGUUGGAUAUUAUACUUAUUGCUGCUCAGGUGGUUGGACCAUCUGAUGGUUCAGCAUACAUAAUACCCUACUAUGGGGCUGGAGUGACAGUUGUGAGAAGUGAUAACGAGACGUAUCUGUUACCGCAAGCAGACUGGCAUAACAUUACUUGACAGUGGGGAACCAUAUCCUUUGAAGUUGAUGAGGAUUAUGAAUGGACUUAACAUUUAUCCUAUAAGUUUAGAUCUAGUGAAUACUCAGGUCUAUAAUAUUAUGUGAGGCUUUAUACUAUACUAGCUGCCAGCUGGUGCCUGUGACUAUAAUGAUCAUACCUUUAUCACUAGAUAAACAGAUUUUACUUACAUAAACUUGUAUUUUUAACCCCUGACCC